AUUCCCAAUCUUUUUAAACAAUUGAAAAUUUAUAAAAUUCAACUCCAACUCUCUCUCUAAAAGUGGUGUAUCAUCAUUAGGCCACCAAACAAAGAACUUUCAAUCUGCAGAGCCCAACAAGAAAUCGACUGAUGAAAGUGAAGAAGAAAAAGAGGCAGAAAAUACAAGAGAAAGAUUAAAUAUAACCGUUACGCUGGCGAUACCGUUACCGAGAUGAAGGUUUGGCGACGGUAAUGAGGCUUCAAUGGAGGCGGGUAGAUCAGAGAGAAGUGCGGAGAAAUCGCCGGCAUUGCAGGGGCCGGUGAUGCAGAGGACAAGGCUGCAGGUGUGGUUUAUUAGGGUUUGUUCUAGUAUUCUAAUUUGGACGUGCUUGGUUCAACUCGUGGCGGUUGGGGAGCUCUGGCACCCUCGUUUGCUUACUGGAAAUCCGGGCUCCACCAAAAUGUCGGCCCAUCAGGAGCGAUCGUUGCCUACUCCGCCUCAGCUGCCAGCCAGGAAUUACACAAGUAAUGGCUUUCUUAAAAUAUCUUGCAAUGGUGGCUUGAAUCAAAUGCGCUCUGCGAUAUGUGACAUGGUGACAAUUGCUCGACUUUUAAAUCUCACACUGGUUGUUCCAGAGCUUGAUAAGACAUCUUUCUGGGCUGAUCCUAGCAAUUUUGAGGAUAUCUUUGAUGUGGAACAUUUCAUCAAUUCAUUAAGAGAUGAAGUCCGAAUUGUCAAGAGGUUACCGAAGAGGUUUGGCCUACGAUAUGGGUACCAACCACUGGUGAAGGCUCCUGUUAGCUGGUCAAAUGAGCAAUACUACUUGCAACAGAUUCUUCCUCUCUUUGCUAAGAACAAAGUGUUACACUUCAACCGAACAGAUUCGCGGCUGGCCAACAAUGGGAUGUCCCUGGAGCUUCAGAAGCUUAGGUGCCGUGUCAAUUUUCAGGCACUAAAGUUUACCCCUCAGAUUGAGGCACUGGGAAACAAGUUGGUCCAUAUUAUCCAACAGAAGGGGCCCUAUUUAGCCUUGCAUUUGAGAUAUGAGAUGGACAUGUUGGCUUUCUCUGGAUGCACACAUGGAUGCACCGAAGAGGAAGCAGAAGAGCUCAAACGAAUGAGAUAUGCAUUCCCUUGGUGGAGGGAAAAAGAGAUAGUAUCUGAAGAGAAAAGAUCACGUGGCUUAUGCCCUCUUACUCCGGAAGAGAUGGCUUUGAUUUUGCAAGCAUUGGACUUUAGCAGAGAGACACAGAUCUAUAUUGCAUCUGGUGAGAUCUAUGGCAGUGAACGGAGACUUGCAGCACUAAGAGCCGCUUUUCCAAGGAUUGUGAAAAAAGAAAUGCUGCUAGACCCUGAAGAUUUACAGCAGUUCCAGAAUCAUUCGUCUCAAAUGGCAGCUCUCGAUUUUAUGGUUUCUGUUGCCAGUAAUAUCUUUAUUCCCACGUACGACGGUAAUAUGGCAAGAGUUGUAGAAGGCCAUCGCAGGUAUCUCGGGUUCAAGAAAACAUUCCAACUGGAUCGUAGAAGACUCGUGGAAUUGUUGGAUUUACAUCAUAAUCGAACUCUCUCAUGGGACGAGUUUUCAUCUGCUGUACGGCUUGCUCAUGCGACGAAAAUGGGACAGCCGUCUCAGCGUAGAGUUAUUGCAGACAAACCCAAGGAAGAAGAAUAUUUCUAUGCGAAUCCUCAGGAGUGUCUGUGUGAAGCAACGAACUGUGCUAACUUGUCGCCUGUUGGAAAUGCUACCGUGUCUUCGUGAGAUUUGCCUCCCAACGAGGAUCUACUGAGUGACGGAGUCUGUGAAUCGAGUGUGGAGUGGAAGCAAUGACGCCAUUUGAGAAAGCAAAGGCUUCGAUUUGGCAGAAUGCUUCGAUGAAAAGCAGUAAGAGAUAACAAGAGACCUAACUUGUUGGUAGGUAUGUGAUUUUGAUCGUCACACGUUACGAUUUAUGAAUUGCAUGAAGAAAUGCAUGAAAAGUGAGAUGUUAAAGCUGGAAUUGCCUUUAUUCAUUUUGUUCAUAAGCAUUUCUUUUCUUCUUCUGCUGCUUGCUGCAGAUUGUAAUUCACAUGAUUCCCUGCUAUUUAUAUAAAAGUUGCCCCAGUUUAUUACUA